AUGUGCCGGCAGGCAACAGAAAUCGGACAUAGGGCCAGUGACUCAGACCGCGCAGCAAUUGUAACUGCUGAUGCAGCUGUGGUCCAGCAGGACCACGCAGAGCCGUGCAGUGCUGCUUGCAGUGGUCUUUUUCUUGUUUCACAUUUGGGUUUUGGGCUUGUUGGCGAGGUUAUGCGAGGUUCUCCGCUUCAGGAACACCGCUCCCCGGUAUCAGCAAGAUGCUGGCAAACACCCCUCGGCUUUUUGGCUGUCAUGACAUGCAAUCUGGCUAUGACGGCUAUGAGUGAGGCCAGGCUAGAUUUGUUUUCGCAAGUCAGUGUGAUCGCCUUGCUAGCGGUUGCGUAG